UGUGAUGAGGUAGCUCUGGCUCAAUGUAUGGUAUCCUGGGAGUUGUGUCCCAAGGGUGGCCACGCCUCCCUAAACCACAACUCCUAGGAGCCUGUGCACAGUAUGGAGCCAGGGCGAGUUCCAGCGGGGCCUUCAUUCUAGAUGAGGGUUUGGAAAAGGGGCCGCUUUCGGGGAGGAGAGGAGUCCGGGAAGGGAGCGGCCCUCUUUCCUCAGCCCCAGUAAAAGGGAUGGGCCGCUCCCUUGGCUCCCGAAGGGACAGAACAGAAGAGAAGGGGCGCCCGCGGAGGGUCCCCGACCGUUGGGUCGGUUGGCGCCUGGCUCGCGUCCGGAAGAAAGGUCGGGGAAAGAUGCAAGCCCAGGCCGAAAGGAAGCCGCCCGCCGAGGCCAAGGGGCUGGGGGGCAAGGGGCCCGAGGCCAAGGGGCCGGAGGGCAAGGGGCCGGAGGGCGUGGGCGGGGAUGGGCCUUACUACCGCUACCCCGGGGCCGCCCUCUUGCCCGUCCACCGGAUGCCCCGAGACUACCUGGUCUGCUCAUUCAUCACCUUCUCCUACGCCAACUGCUGCUGCCUCGGCCUGGCCGCCCUGGUCUUCUCCAUCAAGUCAAGGGACGCUAAAGUGAUAGGAGAUGCUGAAGGUGCAGAAGAGCAUGGCAGGACAGCCAGGUGCCUGAACGUUUUUGCAGUUUCCAUGGCCAUUGUGUCCCUCAUCGUUUCCAUCAUUGUGUUGGCCACGACUAUGGCAUUCAUCUUUAGCAGAUUCAUGGAUGCAAUGGUUGAUGCCCAUGAGCACGGCACCCAUAAACCUGUCAGCAGGAACUAAAUCAGUCACCUGGAAUGAUUUUCUCCAGCAUCACAUUCUACCUUUGCUGUGGUUGAACCUGCAUUUUCCCUUUGUUUGCAAGGAAUACAACCUUUUACAGAUUGUUUAAUCCAAGAUACACUUCUGGGAAUGUGGAAAUAUAUCCUCCCUCCAACAGCUCUGUAGCCAUUGCUUGCUUACCAAUACUGAAUGGCGAUUUGGAUGCCCAUCCAGUCUGAGAUGUUUAUUGAACAGCACAGUGUGUAUAUGAGCUAUUUUUUCUGUGUCCCACCAGGCUUUUAGUUUGUGGUCUAGUGAAUCCAUGUUGCUCAUUAAAGUUAGUUUUCUGUUCUGUUUUGUUUUUUAGUAUGUUGAUAAGCUUGUUGUACCAUAUGUGUCACGAACACAUAAUAUAUUGCAAUAUGAGGUCUGGUGUGUAUUUUGUUCAAGUAAAAAAAAUCCCUUUGA